GAUCACAAUAGCCAGCUAAAUAUAGUCAUGGAUUAGAAAGCUAUUGUUUCCAAUCCAGCUAUAUACAACUGAGACUCUCCAAAUGGAAUGCCACUUGACCUUUCAUGUUCUAUCAGCCAGUGCUUGCAGUAUUUAACUGAAGCUGGGACAAGAGAUUGCCCUUGGAGAUGUCCAGUGUUGACAUGACAGACCCUAGUAUUUUGUCUCAGUCAUGUUUAGGAGACACAAGCCUGCUUCGGAGCACAAAAGAAACCAUGGCAUCCAUGGAUCUGCAUUGUCCAUGCCUCAUAAUGACAUCAGAACUUUCUUCAAUUUGUCCCAGCUUGUACUCUCUGCUGGCCAUCUGAGACCACCACCACUCUUAAGGCAUUCAAAAAUUACUUACUUUGAAGUAGAGAUUCUUGAUGCCCAGAGCAAAAAGCAGAUCUGUGUAGUAGACAAGAUACCACCAUCAUCAACGCUACUUGAUGUAAAGCAUAAGUUUCACAAAGUAUCAGGUCCCCAGUGGUAUCCAUCUCGCAUAGGCCUCCGACUAGAAUGCAAUGGACCCUACUUGAAAGAUUCUGCCAACAUAAAGAGCCUUGCAGCUUCUUCUAUCAUUACACUGUAUUUCACAGACAUGGGUCAGCAGGUCACCUGGACCACAGUGUUCCUUACUGAAUAUACUGGCCCUCUUCUAAUCUAUCUGCUCUUUUACCUUCGUUUUUCAAGUAUUUAUGAUGCAAAGGAGAGUGCAAGAAGUUUACGUCAUCCUGUAGUUCAUUUGGCCUGCAUCUGUCAUUGUUUACAUUAUAUCAGACAUCUUCUGGAGACACUCUUUGUGCAUAAGAUUUCAGAAGGUCAUACUCCCCUGAAAAAUAUGAUCAAGGGCUGUACAUUUUAUUGGGGAUUCACUUCUUGGAUUGCUUACUACAUCAAUCAUCCACAGUACACUCCUCCAUCAUUUGGGAACAAGCAAGUUUCUUUUGCUGCCCUUGUGUUUCUGGUGUGUGAAGCUGGGAAUCAUUUUAUCAAUGUGGCGUUAGUUCAUCAAAAUCAAUCAGGAAAUAAAACCUCUUUUCCAAGUCCAUCAAUCAACCCUUUCACAUGGCUGUUUACAUUGGUUUCCUGCCCAAAUUAUACAUAUGAGGUUGGCUCUUGGAUGAGUUUCACAGUGAUGACACAAACCCUGCCAGUUGGUGUUUUUGCAUUACUGAUGGCAAUCCAGAUGGCACAGUGGGCCCGGAAGAAGCACCAACUCUACCUGAAGAGGUGUACUAUGUAUAGUUGGAGAAAAACAGCUUUGAUUCCAUUUGUACUGUAAACAGAAGAGAGGAGGCUCAAGGCUAUCCUCCUUGAAAGUUGAAAGCAAAGUAAUUAGGUUCAUUCAGCUAUGUAAGAGAGUACAGUAGAACAGACCACUCAUUUCAAACGUAACCACAUCUUUUUUAUAUUAAAAAGAUGGGAGUAUCAGGGCCAAGUUCCAAAGAACUAAUUCAGGUAAACUAUAGCCGAGUGUGAGAGCAUGUCUUUACAUACAACAUGUUACAGAUUCAUUCUUUAGUAUUUCCAGCUCAAAAAGAUCUGCGCUGGGAAAUACUAUUUACUGCCUGAAUUUUUAACUGCCCAGAGAAUUUUGGCUUUUGGACAGUAAAGAAAUGAAAUAAAUUAAAGGAAAUGGAGAAACUACAACCCAGAGUAUAUGAUGCUGGCAAAGCUCUAUAUCAUAUUGGUAAUUGCUUUUGCAAUUAUUAAUACAAGUUAUACAAAGAAGAAUGGAAUAUGAUGCAUACUUAUUUAGGCGCAACUCUCAAUGAAGUAAGUGGAAUUUACUUUUGAUUUGUGCAUUGGGUCACACUGCAUGUAGCUUUGGUAAUUACUGGACCUCAGAACUGCAAAUGCAUACUAAUGGCCUAAAAAUUACAAUGGGUUGGACAAUUACUUUUAUUAUUUACUUUAAUAAAACAAUUGAAGCAAA